UGAAUGGCUAUGUUUGGAGUCCUCCCCCCAAUUGAAAGCCCUCCUUCCCUUAAGUGCAUACACCAAAAAACAUCCUUCGAUCACCUCCCACCCCCUGACUUUUUUUUUUUUCCUCCUCUGUAAAUGGCACAAAACAAAGGAUCCAACCAGCUCAUUCAGCAGCUGCUGAAGGCUGAGGAAGAAGCUGAUAUGGUCAUUAAAAAGGCCAAAGAUGUGCGCGCCAAGAUGCUGAAAGAGGCCGAGACGACAGCUACGGAGGAGUUGAAGAUUUUCCGGGCGAAAGAAAAGGAGCGCCUGAACAAGGGGCACAAGGAGAAAAGCACCGCCGAAGACGAAGCCGUAACCCUAAUUGAACAGAACACUAAGGAAGAAAUAAAAAAAUACAAGGAGCUGUUUAAAAAGAACAAAGAUCAAGUAGCUCAGUUUGUGUUCGAUAAAGUAUUCACCGUCGAUUUGACAAUUCCAGAUUGCACCCAGAAGUCGCUUUAACGUACCGAGUCCUGUCCCCUUAAUUGGCCACCACGUGUAAUACGUUCUUUGGAGAGGGAGGUGCUUA